CACAAGCACAGCAGAGGAUAUAUCAGGUCCAUGCAUUCGUCCAGGGAACAUCACUGCCAGGCAUAAAGUAGGCUGCACACUGAAGACAAAAGUGCCAAGUGAAAACAUGAAUUUGCUUUUCCAGUGGUGCCUAUUACUGGAGGAGCUGCGCUGAGGAGCUCAGCUGGACACUUCACCUCCAGCUUCUUAUUCUUUUCUUUUUUACGCUGAACACCUGAUAAACGUUCGUCACUAAUGACGGUCACUUACACGGCCAGAGUUGCAAAUGCCAGGUUUGGUGGUUUCUCCAAACUGCUUUUGGCCUGGAGAGGGAGCAUCUACAAAUUGUUAUAUAAAGAGUUCCUGGCUUUCUUUGCCAUGUAUACGGCUAUCAGCAUCACUUACAGAUUUGUCCUCUAUGAUGAGCAGAAGAGGUAUUUUGAAAAGCUGGCUAUUUAUUGCAAUCACUAUGCCAGUCUGAUCCCCAUGUCCUUUGUACUAGGUUUCUAUGUGACCCUGGUAGUAAACCGCUGGUGGAGCCAAUACACCAGCAUCCCCCUCCCUGACAGACUCAUGUGCGUCCUGUCAGGGGGUCUCCAGGGGAAUGAUGAGCGAGGCCGCCUGCUGAGACGCACCAUGAUGCGAUACGCCAGUCUGUCAGCUCUGCUCAUCCUUCGCUCCGUCAGCACCGCUGUCUUCAAACGUUUCCCCACCAUGGACCAUGUGGUAGAGGCUGGAUUCAUGACGAGGGAGGAACGUAAGAAGUUUGAGGGUCUCCACUCUCCUUAUAACAAAUACUGGAUCCCGUGCGUGUGGUUCACCAACCUGGCCGCUGUGGCUCGCUGCGAUGGCAGGAUCAAAGAUGAUCUCACGCUCAAGUUACUGCUGGAGGAGCUGAAUGAAUUCAGAGGGAAGUGCAGCAUGCUGUUUCACUAUGACAUGAUCAGCGUGCCCCUGGUGUACACUCAGGUGGUGACUUUGGCGGUGUACAGUUUCUUCCUGGUGUGUCUGAUUGGCCGUCAGUUCUUGGACCCCACUCAGGGUUACCAGGGCCACGACCUGGACCUCUACGUGCCCAUCUUCACCCUGUUGCAGUUCUUCUUUUAUGCAGGGUGGCUGAAGGUCGCUGAGCAGCUGAUCAACCCCUUUGGAGAAGAUGAUGAUGAUUUUGAGACCAACUGGCUUAUCGACAGAAACUUCCAGGUGUCUAUGAUGGCCGUGGAUGAGAUGUAUGGAGACCUGCCGAUGAUGGAGCGAGACCGUUACUGGAACGACUCCAACCCUCGGCCCCCCUACACAGCCGCCACGCUCUUCGUCCUGCGGAAACCAUCUUUCCAGGGCUCCACGUUCGACAUGGCGAUCCCUAAGGAGGAGAUGCAUUUCCAGCCUCUAGAGGACAUUGCUGAGAAUAUGGAGGAGUCCCGCAGUCGCCACCCCAACAUCGCCCUCUUCAACCGCCUUCUCAACGCGGCCCCGUCACCAACGGGCUUCAUGGGAGGGGCUUUCCGCCGCACUUCUGCACAACUCCAGAGACUCCAGCACUCCCCCAGCAUCGACCGAUGCUGCAGCGACGAUGAGGACGAGGACGGUUGUAAAAUAGGUAAAGGUGGGUCUCUGCCAUCAGGGCUGGGCCAGGACACCCAGAGCACCGUGUGCAGCUUCAGGGAGGAGAAGAGCGCCAGGACCCCUCUGCUGGACAUCCAGUUUGAUGAGGAGCAGGACAGGCGAGGAGAGGAGCCUCCCAACAAUGAAAAGAGAGAAUGGUGUGGAAUUGAGGGAAAGAGCAAUGAAAAAGGGCACAUGAGAAAAGAAGGGAAGAUAGAGAGAAGAGAGAGCUCUACAGCUCUACUGUCCCUCCUUCCCCCCCCACCUCAGUCGUCCAGAGAGACGACUCAUCAGUCGUCCUCUCCAGUUCCCGUCAGCCAUCGUAACUCCUCUGCAUUCCUGUUUCCUCCGGCUGCCCCCUCCAGCCUGGAACACUGCUGCUCCCAGCCAGCCAUCGGUCCUGCCGUUCCCAAACCCCGCAGCGGUCAAACUAAGACAUCACUCCUCACCGUGCCGUCCUACAAUGAACCGCAGCGCUUUCGCAGCGUGAGCAUGGGGUCAGAGUUCACCACGUCUUAGUGUGACCUUCCUAAAAACCUUUCAGAAUGUUAAACCGUAAGGUCUGAUUCAUGGAAAAGGGACACUUGACACAAGCUUUUGAGGCCAGUUUUUUUUUUUACAAAUGAAUUUAACACGAAAGGCUCUCCCUGAUUUCUCCAUUGCAAAUACAGUUUUAACCCUUGUGCUGUC